UCCCAAAGGAUAGAGAUAGAUAUCCUUCACGACCAUGGCUUUCGCCUCUUCUCGGCCUCGCAGUGGCUCCUUAUCCGCGGGCUCCCAGCGCUGGCUGCCGGGCUCCUCCUCCUCGUCGGCGGGCUCGGUGCGCGGCAACAGCUCCAGCGGGUCGGACUCCUGGUUCUCCUUGUCCCGGCUGCGGGUGGCGCUCCCGGCGGCCCGCGCCAGCGCCGACGCCUCGGCCAUCCUGCUGGGCCCCGGGCGGCAGCAGGAGGCGCUGCAGGGGCUGAACGAGCGCCUGGCCGGGUACCUGCAGCGGGUGCGGGGGCUGGAGGCCGCCAACCGGGCCCUGGAGGGGGAGAUCGCCGCCAUCCGCGCACGCCGGGCCGAGGCCCGAGGACACAAGGACUGGGAAGCCUGCGAGAGGCCCCUGGCCGAGCUGCGGAAGCAGGUUGAAGAUCUCAAUAUGGAGAACAUGAGGCUGCUUCUAGAGAUUGAUAAUGCCAGACUGGCAGCGGAUGACUUCAAGCACAAGCUGGAAGCAGAGCAGGUGGUAUGUGACAGUGUGCAAAAAGACACCCAUGGAUUGCGCAAAAUGAUUGAUGACACCAAUUUCCUCCGCUUGAAGCUGGAAGGGGACCUGGAGUCUCUCCGAGAGGAGCUUGCCCACUUGCGCAAAAAUCAUAAGGAGGAAGUAGAGGCUCUCAGCCCUUUGAUUGCCAACUCCGAUGUAACUGUACAAGUGGAUGAUCCGCAGAAACAUGACCUGAGUGAGACUAUAGCAGAGAUCCGCAACCAAUAUGAGAAAGCGGCUGAGCAGAAUCGUGCUGAUGCUGAGAACUGGUACAAAGCUAAGUUUGAAUCUAUGUCCCAAGAAGCUGAUGUGAACACUCAAGCACUGGAAGAAGCCAAACAAGAGCUGUCAGAACUUCAGCGGCAGCUGCAAGGUCUGGAAAUCGAACGCCAGGGCCUCCAGAAAAUAGUAGACACCCUGGAGCACACCUUGAAGAACACGGGAGAUCGCUAUCACAAUGACCUGACCCAUCUCAACCAGAUCAUUGUGAAACUGCAAGAUGAUCUGGCAGCUUGCCGGGCUGACUUGGAGAAGCAGGCCCGAGACUAUGAAGCACUUCUGGAUAUCAAGACCAAGCUGGAGAAUGAGAUUGAACAUUACCGCAGCUUGAUUGAGGGGGUGACAGACAGAGGAGAGUUGCUGAAUGCAGGCAAAGCAGACACCAGGAAACAGACCAUUAAGAAGGUGGUGGUCACUACACAAGAAAUUGUGGAUGGGCAAGUGGUGGCCCAGAGAUCUGAAGAAGUGAUCCAGUAGCCUCUUCCAGUGUGUGGGGUGUACUAAUGUGUAGCUAAUCUUGAAUCAGCUGUGCCUUCUGUGGCUUAAUAAACAAUAUAUAAGAACUCUA